AUGGCUCUCCAGCGGACCCAGGUCUUUCUUCUCUUCUUGUUGCUGACCCUGCUGGGGCUGGGGCUGGUACAGCCCUCCUAUGGCCAGGAUCGCAUGUACCAACGAUUCCUGCGGCAACACGUGGACCCUGAUGAGACAGGAGGCAAUGACGGCUACUGCAACUUGAUGAUGCAAAGACGGAAGAUGACUUUACAUCAGUGCAAGCGCUUCAACACUUUCAUUCAUGAAGAUCUUUGGAACAUCCGCAGUAUCUGCAGCACUGCCAACAUUCAGUGCAAGAACGGCCAGAUGAACUGCCACGAGGGUGUGGUGAGGGUCACAGACUGCAGGGAGACGGGGAGCUCCAGGGCUCCCAACUGCAGGUACCGGGCCAAAGCCAGCACCAGACGUGUUGUUAUCGCCUGUGAGGGUAACCCGGAAGUGCCUGUGCACUUUGACAAAUAG